ACUAGCACACACGGUGCCCUGACUCGGUUCACAGUGGCACACAGUGUGGAAGGAGCUGCGGCUGGAUGUCACAGGGAAAUACUGCAAUAAUCCGUAAAUGUGAUCAAAAAAUAUUGGACUUCAAAAAAAUCUCCAGGAUAAUCUGACACACGCAGGGAGAACCUUCAAACUUCUUUGGAAUAAUAUCUUAAUUUGAUCCAUAAGGUGUAUAAGUUAACGAUGUUGCCAUAUUGCUCCCUCCUGCUGUUGCUAUGCGUGGCUCGGCUGCUCUCCACCUCCUCGGCCCUGCCCUUCGAGCAGAGAGGCUUCUGGGAUUUUGCCAUGGACAGCAUGGACAGCGGCGGGAUGAUGACGAUGAUGAGGGAUGAGGAAGAAGGCUCGGCUGUAGAGGAGAUCCCCGGCCCUGACAUACCCAUGUGCCCCUUCGGCUGCCACUGUCAGCUCAGGGUCGUCCAGUGUUCUGACCUCGGUCUGACUGAGGUGCCAAAGAAUAUUCCUCCAGACACCAAGUUCCUGGACCUGCAGAACAACCGCAUCACUGAGCUGAAAGAGAAUGACUUCAAAGGCCUGACUAACUUAUAUGCUCUGUCUCUGAGGAAUAACCUUAUUUCCAAAGUCCACCCCAGAACAUUUGUGCCUCUGAAGCACAUGCAGAAGCUCUACUUCUCCAAGAAUCUGCUGACCACUAUUCCCAAGAACUUGCCGGCCUCUCUGGUUGAGAUGAGGAUCCACGAGAACCGCAUCAAGAAGGUGACAGCUGGAGCCUUCGCAGGACUGGGCAACAUGAACUGCAUAGAAAUGGGAGCAAACCCCAUCUAUAACAGCGGGUUUGAGCCUGGAGCCUUCAAGGGACUGAAACUGAAUUAUCUGCGUAUAUCAGAGUCCAAAUUAACUGGGGUGCCAAAAGAUCUCCCAGACAGUCUCCAUGAGCUUCAUCUGGACAACAACCAGAUCCAGGCUGUGGAACUGGAGGACCUGAGCCGCUACAAAAACCUGUACAGGUUGGGCCUUGGAUUUAACCAUAUCCGUAACAUAGAGAACGGCAGUCUGUCCUUCGUUCCCAGGCUGAGAGAGCUGCAUCUGGACAACAACCGCCUCACUUGUGUUCCCAAAGGCCUCCCAGAUAUGAAAUACCUACAGGUGGUGUACCUCCAUUCCAACAACAUCGACCAGGUGAGCGUGGAUGACUUCUGCCCUCGAGGAUUUGGGAUGAAGAGGACGUUCUACAACGGCAUCAGCUUGUUUGCUAACCCUGUCAACUACUGGGAGGUGCAGCCCGCAACGUUCCGCUGUGUCAGCGAUCGUCGGGCUAUUCAGUUUGGCAACUACAAAAAGUAAAGACAGGGGGAUACAGAGAGAUGGAGAAAGUGAGAGGAAGGUGAUGGCGGAGGAGCAGAUAAUUUAAAUAAGGAAAAAAAAAUGAGAGAUGGAGGGAAGGGAGUUCAUAUUUGAGAUCAUUAUCUUUAUUAUUAUUGUUUUUGGAGAGAGGAUGAGUGACGGGGAGGAGGGGCAAUAAACUGAUGAAAUAGAAAGAGAAGUGAAAAAUGCAAUCACAUAACUUGAAGGGAGUGGAAAACAAAGUGCUGGCAGUACUUCACCUGAGUUUUUCUCAUUUUUGAAUUUUAAGGUUUUGAAAGUUUUGCCAUUUGAAAUGGAUAAAACAGAGAAGAAUGUCUGAGAAGAUUGUUUUCGAUGAAAAAUGGGAACUUGUGUUUUAAUUCCAUACUUUUUACACAAUAGUGCUUGUUGAGAUAGAUGUCUCUUUUAUAUUACCAAUUUGGUUUAGAAGUAAAACAAAUAAAUAAAUAGAAAAGCAAUGCAUUAUAGUUUUUUUAUACUUUGUGUGUGUGUGCUGAUUUGGGAGGUACAUCACGUUGCCCCUGUUUAACUGAUCUGAAGCCAUUUGGCCCUCAACUCUGUGAUCAAAUGAUACUGUAUUCAUCACCAGUAGUCACAGAUUUGGGGGCAAUUUCCACCAUUUACAGAAACAAAAAUAACUGCACAUAGUGUAGAAACUAUUAUUCAAGUUUACCAGUUCAAAUACAUUUUUGUACAUAUGAAAGUUGACUGAUAAAAAGGGCAAUAAGUACAUUUUAAAAUCAUCCUCAUCAGUGCUAAACAUCGUUUCUAACUGAACCACCAGCCUGCCUGUGUAAGGAGUCUAUUCUGUGCCUUUACUAAAUAUUAUGCUGUCUGCAUGGUACUUUAAUACAGUGGUAGUGGGGUUUUUGCCCCAGUUAGAGACAACACACAUCCGCUUUGCUUUGAGACAAUGAAGGCAGUGUGUUCGCAUAGUGCUACAAACAAUAGUAUAGUGUUGAUGCAUUGUUUUGCACAGUUCUUUCUGUUAUGCUUCAUCUGCUUCAGGGUUAUUGGAGGGUUAGCCUGUUUACAUUGGUAGACCUAUGUGCAACUAUACUUUAGCCAUUAGUAUUCUGUCCUGUCUCGGUUCUGUAACCUGAUAAACUGCUGCAUGUGAAUAAAGACAUUUUUAGCCUGCUGCAUAAAGCCAGAGAACAACUGAUGCCCAUGGGUUGGAUGCUGUGUGAGAAAUAAAGAAGAAAUAGCAAAAGUGGCAAACAUUUGAUGAAUACAUCCAAAAGUCUAAGCAGAGGCAUUAUGUGACAACAACUGAUUCUUUGGACAUUCGUGGGAUUCAAUCCUAAAGUGAGAGUUUGUGAUAUUGUAAUCAAUAUUGGCUUGAUGUUUGUCUUCAAUUUGAAUCCAUGAUAAGCAUUUCAUCUGACAUCUUUAAAUGGAAAAUAAAGUCCAAAUAGUAA